AUGUGCACCGCGGUGGACACCCUCUUCGUGGAGCUGGACUCCUCGAGCUGCGACCUGUCCUACGUGCACACGGACGACGAGGACUCGCGCGGCAGUGCGCUCGCAAGCUCCCCGCCCCCCGUGUUCGGGCGCCCCGGCUCGCCCACCUGCGCCGGCAGCACGUGCGGCGGCCAAGACCCCCCCUCGCCCGAGCAGGAGCAGCAGCAGCAGCAGCAGCAGCAGCAGCAGAAGAGGAGGCGUCGGGGCCGCGCGAGGAGCGAGGCCGCCGUGCACGUGGUGAAGAAGAACAGGCGCAUGAAGGCGAACGACCGCGAGCGCAACCGGAUGCACAACCUGAAUGACGCGCUGGACACGCUGCGGAGCGUCCUGCCCGCCUUCCCCGACGACACGAAGCUCACCAAGAUCGAAACCCUGCGCUUCGCCCACAACUACAUCUGGGCUCUGUCCGAGACCAUCCGCCUCGCGGACCAGCGCCAGAGCGCCCCGCUCGCGCUGCCGGGGCUCGCGCGCCUCGCGGACGCGCCGAGUCCCGGCAGCGACGCGUGCUCGUGGAUGUCCGGCGCGUCCUCGUCGUCCCCGUCGUCCGCGUCCCCGUCGCCCUCGUACUGCUGCUCGAACCCGAGCAGCCCGGCGAGCUCGGAGGACUACGGGCUCGUGCACAGUGACAGCUUGUACUCUUUUCACACUUUCGGCAUCUUCUAGAAACUGUCACGUGGCCUUUGCCCUGCCGAUGAUGAUAAUGAUGAUGAUGAUGAUGAAGACGAUGAUGGUCCUGUA